ACUCUAGAAUCAUGUUGUUAUUGUGUCUUUCUUAAGCUACAUGAAAUAACAGAAACAAAAUGGUUGACAGACAUAUAUUUAAAAUAACUACGCCAAAUUAAAUAAGUUUAUUGAUAAAAUGUGACGAAUAUUUUUAUUUCAAAACAUAUGAACAUGUAUUCUUUAUGGGAAACCCGAUAUGUAUAAUAACCAUUCUAACUUCAAAGUAUCACUAAAAUGGCGAACGCCGCAGCAAAUCAAACUUCAUCAAAAGUGAAAAAUAUAAAUUUUGUGGCUCAAGAUCAAAUAUGGAAGGAUCAUGUAUCAGGUGAAAUUGUUGCAGCUAAAAACUGGCCCGAAACGUGGGACUUCUUAAAUAAAAAAUAUGAAGAUCUUGUAGAGGAAGACUUUCCUCAGAUCACAGAAAGAAUGAAGAAUAAAUCUUCCACGAAAAAAGACCUAACCUCACUAGUGCAAGUCCGACCUGUUACUCCUAUAGAAGAAUAUAUUCACGUGAAACCGUCGCCUCGUCCAUUUCCAAAAACUACAUCCCAGAUGGUGGGAUGGAGAUCUGCAGAUCGGAGUUUAGCUUUAGAAAAAUACGGCAAAUAUUCUCGUCCUAAAGGUGGAUUAGUAAAACAAUUAAACUGGCCAAAUGAAGCCGUUAGCUAAUCUAAUAAUAUAAUAAAUUAUAGGCCUACAGUAGGCUAGGCCUAUUAUAAUUUUUCUCUUCGACUAGAACAAGUUCGUUGUGAUCUUACGAUAUAUAUAUUUAGCAAUAAUCAUUCAAAAACUUUUUUUUAUACAAAUAUUAAAAUACAAAUUUACAUUUUCACCUGUCUUACUUAUUUAAACUUUAAUAAAUGUAUACUCCAAAUGAA